CUUCAUCUUCAAGUCGGUCUGAUUGGCGCAAGAGCUAGUACUCCUCUGUUGGUGCAAGAGAGACCCUGCUAUGUUCAUGUGUUGCAUUGGCUGUGAUGAGUGCUCUUUUCGGUCGUGAUUUGUUAUUGUUUAGCGUGUCCCAAGGGUCGUUGUCUACGACGCACUAGAAGUUUUGCAUCUUUCGGUACCUCCUCACUCUCAGGGUUCAAGUCUUCCUGGUUGUAUCGCCCAUGUCUUUCCUGGUUGUAUCGCCCCCGUCUUCUUUCUGCCUUCAUGUUGGUCCCCUCAUUGAGCAGUACUAGGUGAUGUGCUCAUCUAUGCUGUUCUACUAGAGUUGGUGGGACAGAAGUUUUUCAUCCAGAUCAAUAAGACGAGCAAUAUGAAUUCUUCAUCUGCAGAAGUUCUGCAAGUAGAUUUCCUAAUUAGGCUCUGCUGAGGCUCAUAAUCAUAAUCUUCACGAACGCCUGGAUAGUAAGUUGGGGAAGCAGUGCAACUAGGUCCUCGUCUUCAGGCUUUUUUGUUCUUCUUCUUCCAGCUCCCACAUAGAAGAAACAAGAUGGCGCAAGAAGAGAACCGAAAGUUGUGCCAAGCGGCACACAAGGGGAUAAUGGAAGGCGAGGUCGGCGUAAAAUUCUUCACCGCGGAAUUGCUUCGAAGAGUUAUGGGUGAUGAAUAUAGAAGGUGGCGCUGCCACCUUUGUGAAUUUUCCUGCUAGAUGGCGUUAGCGGUAGGUUCUACGGUAAUAUAGUAGUGGGACAGUCACAGAUCUUUGUUAGAUUCUGGAGCAGUGUACCAGCGCCUACAUGAUCUAGUAAAAGGAAUUUGAAUUUGCUACUUAAGUAGUUGUAGUAGUUUUUUCUUCUGACAUCUAAAUCUAUCUAUCCAUUUCCAUCCUCUCUAAUCCUCGUGGCGACUUAGAUCUCUCCGAGAAGCCAUACUACAGAACAGCUUUCCACGAGGCGAUAUCCAUGAACCGAGAACCGAUUGCGAAAUUUCUGUUGGACAAAGGAGUCUCAAUGAAUUGUACGGACUAUAUGGGUCGAACGCCACUCCACGAUGCUGCGUUCUACGGAUACAUCGACCUGGUGCAGUUAUUGAUAGACAGAAAAGCGGAGAUAAAGCAAGAUGACCAGGGGAGGACGCCAUUGUACUUUUGCUUAAAAAUGAGUAGGUUCUACUUCGUCUUCAUUCCUGUAGUCUAUAGAUUGUUCUAUCAUGAUUUAAAUCUAUUCAGUCAGCUCGACACUGAGACUAAUAUUAUUACGACUAGUACGUAUUAGAUUUUCAUUUUUUUAGAAAUAGGCAAAGUCGUGCAAUUCCAUGUCCAUCACAGGUUCAAGGCAGUAGAAGCGGCACGAUGGGAUAUAGCAAAAAUGCUUAUAGAAAGCGGUUGCGACGCGAAUGUCACCGAUAAAGACGGCUGCACGGUAAUAUAAGACCUAUGGUUCCUAAGGAUGAAGACGAAAAAUCAAACACAUUGAAUUUGGAUGUAAAAACUAGGACCGAUGUUGUUGUAGUUGCUGUAUUUAAAUGUUGUAGUCGAGGAAGGAAAGUAGAUAAUCCUACUUCAUGACUUGAUCUUCGUCGGUUCAAAACAUAAUCCUACUUCAUUUUGUUACAAAACAUUCGCCCUCUUUUAUCACCUUACAACAAGCCCUUUUCUCUCACUCUCACCCUCUAUCACCAGGCGUACCACAUGGCAGCCUUUAAAGGCUUAGCGACAGAAAGCUGGUGGCUCUACUGUCAAGGAGCAUGGAAAAACCGGUUUGCAUUGGAGGAUUUACAGAAAGGUAAUGGACCUACUUUAAGGAUUUAUUAGGAUUUGAUUGUGUUUUCAAACCUUAUUUCUUAGUGGAGAUCUUCUGAUCCAUCGGUGAACAUCUAGAGUUGUAUUCAAGCACUGUUCCUCCAGUUCUUCGCUUGUUCAAAGCUUUUUUAGUGGACAAAAUGUCAACAUUUGUUUUGUGCUAUUUCCAUUCUUGAAUUUGAAACACAUCGAUGAUGAACUACUUGAACAAAGAAAUACGGACUUUGACCAUGAUCGUUACUGUUGUGAUAAACCUCAGAUGAACCUGCACCAGCGGCUGCUGCUCCCCCCGCUGCGCCUCCUGCGGAAGCUGCCUAACGGAAUCAUCCUUCUACACCAGCAUAGAUGAAAUGCCUCGAUCUACUUAUCCUCCCCAAGAAGAUGACGAGAAUACCUCCACCUACUCCAUGAUAUUAAAAAAACGACGUGGACCUUGACCUAUAAUUCUACAUUUCUUUGUCUAUAUUACUAUAACAACAUGUACCUACUUUGUUGAGAAAUUUUGGAACAAGGUUUUGUGGGCUCAUGAUGAUCUUGCGCACGGAUGGGACACAUCGUAGAGGACGUAGCACAGCUGCUCCUGGUGCACAAGCAUAUAGAUGAUACUUCUGAAAUAAUUCCACAAAGACAAAGUGUUUAACCCAGCACAAAACG